AGGGAGGAUUUAUGCGCAGGCUUCUGCACGGGCAGCUAAGCAGGACCUACGGCUCAUGUGUCAGACUGGAUUCCAGUCACUCUCACUGGCUGCUCCACAGAUCUGUGCAACAGGGAGCUCGAGCUGAACCUCUUCUGUGAAUGAAAACACUCUGCAAACAUGGCUGGUAAAAUUCAGAGUCUGACUGAAGAGGAGAGGGCCCACCUUCUCCCCCUGCUACGCAACGCUCAGUGGGUGGAACUUGGGACACGGGACGCCAUUUACAAAGAGUUUAUUUUUAAAGACUUCAAUCAGGCUUUUGGUUUUAUGUCCAGAGUGGCUUUACAAGCUGAGAAGAUGGACCAUCAUCCUGAAUGGUUCAAUGUCUAUAAUAAGGUCCAGAUUACUCUCAGCACACAUGACUGUGGGGGGGUGUCCCAGCGAGACAUCACUAUGGCCACAUUCAUUGACCAGGCAUCAAUGAUGUAAGACACCUGCAUCGUCAGUCAUUUCAACAGUGGAAAAUGAAGAGCUCUUCAUUUAUUAAUUUCACUGAAAAUUGCUGAGGAUGUGAUCUGCAAAUCCAAAGAAUAUGUUACCUUCAGUGAAUUGUGAAUGAUGUAGGUCGGUAGGUGUUGACCACAAAUGGUCCAACGUGGUUAAAAAACUAUUGUGUUGCUGGUUACACAUUUGAUGAAUAAAUUGGAUUAAAAGCUAAAGGUACAAUUAUGUUCACACAUAACAUUCUUAAUAUUAGUAAUUUUUCGGAAACCAUUCCAUUUAUUCCAUUAAACAUUCAUGUGUCCCUCUGCCACAAUUAGUGCAUUAUGUGCCAAUGAUUUUGUACUUUACAGUUUAGUAAAUGUUAUUUUCUGUUGAACUAAAAAGAAAAUGACCAGAAAAAUUAUAAGACUGAAUGCAUUUUAUUGAAAACACCACUGUAGAACAUCCACUAUGUGUGACCGUGAUAAUUGCUUAGAGUGGUAUAAUUGCAUUUGGAUCAUGUGCAAAGGGGAAAAAAAUCUCCUACAUGAGAUGCACUGUCACAUGAAAACAAAUCUUUUAACCGUGUACAUUCAGAACUACACAAAAUGACUUCACAGGGGUGCAAAACAGUAAAAAAAAAUACCGUUACAAUAUAAUGCAAUCCAGUUAGCUAAAACUAAAAUUACAAUAGUUGUUAGUUAAUUGAAUAGUUUAAGACUGAUGUAAGGUUGUAUUUAAUUGCAUUACAGCUACAUGUCCAGCCUGUGCAUGAUUGAAUGACCCAUGGAUAAAUGAUGUCGCCGUUAUGAAGCCAAAUCCCUGAGGAUGUUACAGAAAAUCUGCUAUGACGUCAUGAGUUCAAACCUCUGAAGGCACAGAGGUGAACGCUCAUUAUUGCUACAUAAUGUCACCAUCUGCAACACAAUUUAGAUUUUCUCCGCAAAAUUCCUUUACAGUAUGUAGUCAUUUUCACUUAAAACAGGAUGUUGCAUUACACGGUUUUAUUUAAGAGACAAUUAUUGAGGAUAUUUUUCCAUAAGCAAACAGGAUGAGUCAUUGCUGGAAAACUUUUUUUGCACAGGCAUGAGUAUCCACACCGUUACUGGGCACAGUAUUGAAAGAAGGAUGGAUGAACACAUGAUGGUAUGAGCUACAAUCGUUAGUGGGGUAUGUCAUCAGCCAUUUAACCAGGUACUGACUAAUAGCUUAAAAAAUCCCACACAUGUAAAAACCUAAAUACAUUCAUGUCUAAUCUCUUUAAAAAUGCUCAGCAUGUAAAACACAAACGCUCACAAAUUAAGUGAUUAAUACACACCCAGUGGUCACACAAAUGGUUAAAUUACACUUACUAACAAGGCCGAUAUGUAAUUCAAUACUAUGCUUCUAUUGACUUAAAACAUUUAUAGUAGAGCAGUCCUCAUUGUUUCACUUCACAAAAGGAAAAGUUAUAUAUUGCACAAACAUGGAAAUAAUUUCAAGGAAAUACAUAAUUUCAACAAGCAAUAUUAGGAAAGCAAAUAAAAGAACGACAGAUGUGUUGGUGUUACAGAAUGCAUUGUUACAUUGUCAACUGUAAGUAUGUGUACAUAUCCUGCUGAAUGGAUAUAUUUACAUUCAGACAGGGCAGAGAGUGGGUUUCUCCCAACAUAAACAUUUGAAUCGAUCAGUCUAACAGUUUAUCUUUAUUACAGUUUGUAUGCCCUUACAUUGUGAAGAUUAUGUUAGACAAGAAAAAAAAAACACUUGCCCUCUUUGAAAGUGUUUCAGUGGAUGAAUACAUGACAUUUUCAUUGAGUAGAAACUGAGGUAGAUUGAAUUAGGAGACAAAUUAUUAAAAACUAGAGUGAUAGACAAG